AUGAUGCAACCAGAGCUUCCUCAGCCUUCAUGGCCUUUCUACAAUGUCAUGACUCCAACUCCUAAUAAAAUUGGACCCCCUCUAUUCACCAUGAAUGACUUCUCUUCAUUCACUACCACAGAGAAGUCCUCUGAGGCGUCCCCAGUUCCUUCUUUUUCUUCUAUGUUAUCCAAUGAUUUUGUAGAAUUUCCAGCUUGUGAUGACGAAUUACAUGCUGGGAUGGAGAAUUUCUGGAUGGACUUGGGGGGUUUAGAGCCUGAUUUGGGCAAGGAAAUCCAGAGUAUUUAUGAAUAUUUUAAUGUAAGCGAGGCAAGUUUUCCUUCAUUGGAGCUUUCUAAGGAAGAUGUGUGGAGUGCAAGUCCAUCAAUACAAUACAGCGAAGAUUCCAUGGACACGCCAACAUCUAAACCAUCAUUGACCUUGCCAGGAGAAGACAUGGAAUUUGAUACCCAAUUAAGCGUUCAUCAUCUUCUCAAGGCCUAUGGAGAAGCUACUGAGAGGGAACAGAGAGAGCUUGCAGAUGUGAUCAUACGAUGUCUAAAUGAGAAAGUUAACCCAGCCGGUGGAACCUUGGAGCGGCUGGUAUUCAACCUAUCCAGAGACAUCGAAACACAAGGUGAUCAUUAUCUGGAAGAGGAGUCCAGCAAGAACUUUGAUGCAGCAUUCAGGGCUUUCUACCAUAUUUUCCCAUAUGGAAGGUUUGCUCACAUUGCAGCAAACUCAGCAAUCCUUGAAGCUAUGCCAAAUGAUGCAGAGACCAUACACAUAGUUGACUUUGACAUGGGAGAAGGGAUUCAAUGGCCUCCCAUGAUUGAGGCCGUGGCACACCACCACAGAACGCUAAAAUUGACAUCAAUCAAAUGGGAAGAAGAUGACAUUGUUUGUGAUAAUCAAAUCUAUUUCAAGGAGACAAAAAGGCAUCUAUCAGAGCAUGCAAGCUUGUCGGGCCUAACAUUGCAGGUGGAGGAGAUGGGGAUUGAGGAUUUGGUGAGUGAGGUGAAUAAAACAGAGAAAAGAGGAGGUAAGGGUGAAUGGUUUGCUUUCAAUUGCAUGGUGGGGCUUCCCCAUAUGGGGAGGGUGAGAAGUAGAAAGCUUGUUGAAGAGUUUCUAAGAACAGCAAAGGAAUUAAUGGCAAGUUCUGUUGAUAAAGAUCUUAAAAACAGGGGAAUCAUAACCUUAGGAGAUGGAGAUGCUUGUGAGAAGCUACAAUAUUGCUCGGGCUAUGGUGCAUUCAUUGAAAGUCAUAUGGUGCAUUACCAUGCACUACUAGAAUCAAUGGAGGAAACUUUCCCAGUUUAUCUUGCUGAAGCAAGAAAGGCCAUGGAAAUUCUUUUUGUGGCACCUUAUGCCUCCUCUCUUGCUUGGCUGAAAAAGUGGGAGGAUGUUAAAAAAGGCUGUCAGCUUCAGGCAGUAAAGGGGUUGGAUGGUUGGAGAUUGAGCAAAGAAACUUUGGUAGAAGCAACAGAAAUGGUGCAAAGCAAGCAGAAUUCAUAUGGAGUUAGGAUUGGAGGGGAGAAUGUAAACGAGAUGGUAUUGGAAUGGAAAGGAACUCAAUUAGUUAAAGUUUCCACCUGGACAAAUCAAAGCUAG